UUGAAAGUGACUCGCUCGCAGUCCGGGUAAAGCUGGUUAUAUAGUCAGUAGGGCUGGGUCGCUGGCUGCCUUGUUUCUGAGCGCAGUGGGCAACGCAACUCUGCUAGACCAGGAAAUCACAAGUACGCUAGUUUAUAUCAAACUGGGAAGAGAUACAUACGCGCACUACAGAAAGCUGUUCCUUUCAUGCAAAGUGGCUUUAAAGCUUGCUGGAGUCCCGCUGUGUGUUUGAGUGCGUGAGUCCACCAUGUCCUCGGACGCCUCCUCCCCACUCUCCCCUGGCUCCCCGCAGUCUCCCCUCUCUCCAGGCUCCCUGCGCCUGCCUGAGUGCGGACACACCCGAGAACGCUGCCCGUCGCCCAUGAGGGGCUACCUGAUCCCCAGCCCCCUGCCCACCCGUCGCUCCAGGACCUGCUCCGCGGCAGCGCGGGCUGCGGAGGGCCCGGUGUACACGGGCGUGUGUAAGUGCUUCUCUCGCGCCAAAGGACACGGCUUCAUCACGCCCUCGGACGGAGGCUCGGACGUGUUCGUGCACAUCUCGGACAUCGAAGGAGAGUACGUUCCAGUGGAGGGAGAUGAGGUCUCCUACAAGCUGUGCUCCAUUCCUCCGAAAAUGGAGAAGGUCCAAGCAGUGGAAGUGACCAUCACCCACCUCGCCCCUGGCAGCAAGCAUGAGACCUGGUCAGGGCAUGUCAUCAGCAGCUAGGAGACCCGGCCGACUGCUUCGUCCUCGAAACGGCCAGCCACAGGAGAGGAGGGGGCAGUGUGAGAGAAAGCGGGGGGCAGGACCCAGUCACCCCGUCAUGUGCGUGGCCUUUAUUUUUAUUUCAAAAGGAGAAAAACGAAGUAUGUAGUGCUGCUUCAGGUUUUUUAUUGUCUUUUUGUUUGGUUAUUUUGUGCGGUAUAAUUUUCACACCAGUGCACGAAAGAGGAUACUUGUGAAGUAAAGAAGUUUUGUUUCCACCCUAACUUUUCCUCCUUUUUUUUGAUGUUGUUGUUGUUGUUGUUGUUGUUAAUUGUGGUGGGUAAAAUAAAUAAAAUGAAUCUUGA